GUUGCCACAGUCACGGUUUGGGAGUUGCCAUGGCGACGGCCAGGCGGUGGCCGGUGAAAAGCAUUGGGCGAAGUCGUUACUUCAGGUCGUACAGGACCCCGAUCUCAGCGGCUGCAGAUUAAUCUAUCAUCAGCUGAAGGAGUAUAAUGAAUGACUGUAAAAUCAUUGACCAAUCUGAACAAUUGAAACCAAUGUCAAAUAUGAAAGAAGAAAAUUCUAAUAAUAAACAACGGGAAACGUCACUGAUGCCUGGUCUUGGUUACAUGACAACUGGUGAGGAAAGAUUCCGAGGACGCCGUAAUGUCAUUUUUGAUUCUGAUUCUGACUACGUGAAGUUGGCAAAGAGAGGUGGUCUGCGAGAUUUAUUGACUUUUAGUGACUUUCCCACAAAAACUACAUGUGCUUCCUUCAAGAAACCUGAGUGGCUGACUUCUGAGUCUACAUUCCAAGGAAAUAAUCAGAUAAUCCAGAAGAAACUUUCAGAUUCUAUGUCUCGGGGCUCAAUCCUAGAUGAAUCAGAGGGCAGAAACUGCAACCUCUCACCAGCUGAGGCAGCUGAACGACAGUUACAUGAGAAGGAAGAAGAUCAGGAAGAGUCAAGAAGCAUUCAGCAGUCAGGGUCUCCUGAAGUUGGCAUUAGAAGGCAGCAGGAGAGAAAUACACCAGCCCAGCUUCAGAUGGGGGCCAUGACAUUAGAUACUGAAACCAAUCAGCAAAUGGUGCAUCUUGCUAUGCCGGUCAACCGAACAAGCAAUAGAUUUACACGUAGAAAGGAACCGCCAGUUAGCAUGCAGAAGCUGCUUAGUUUUGGCUAUGCUGAUGAUUGGUUUUCAGAACACAAGGAUGCAAAAAUCACCAAGCAAAAUAUGGGUUCUACAAGAGAGGACUCAGACCAGAUAUCAAAUAUAGAGCAUUCAGUUGCUGUGAAAGAUGACAUUUUGCUUGAGGGAUAUCAGCCCACGUAUCGAGGAAAAAGGAUGACUGGCAUCAGAGGCUGUGGGAAGAACAAAGGUACUCCUGAAAAUGAUUCCUUCUUCAAAAUCUUUGGCGAGCACAGGCUUAAAGAUAUUCCUGGGAAUGUGGAGAACCGUAUGCAGUCUGAAAUUGCUCUUGCAUGAAAACUGGAUGACUCUUGAUGGUGGAUAUUAAGUAAAUUAAUGUAAAAGUACUGCAUGUUUUUGAAAUACUGAUUUUUUAAAGUAUUAUCUGAUUGAUACUCAAAUAACUGAAUAACACAUAAAUAUGAAUAAUUAAUUCAAAUACUAUCUGUUGUUUUACUAUCACCCACUUUUUGAGUUGAAUAUAUUAAUACAAAUAAAUACAACAUUUUUAUUGCAUUGGUUAAGAUUUAAUUAAAGUACUAUUAUUUUGUGGAAAUUGUUUAAGCGUCAAAGUUGAAUUCAGUAAUAAAAUAAUUGUAUAAAAUGAAAUAUGGAUUUGAUCUUAAAUUUGACUAGUUUUAAAAGGUGUAAGACAUCUAUGUGUUCUAUAAAUGAAAUAUGGAUUUGAUCUUAAAUUUGACUAGUUUUAAAAGGUGUAAGACAUCUAUGUGUUCUGUCAUCAGGGUCUCUGAAAUACAGGAAUAUUGGCAUGAAUAUUAACAUAGUGAAGAAAACAUACUUAUUUAACACUUAAUAAAU